GGCGGGCGGUGGGGGCGGCAGUCGGUGCGGUGGAGCGUGGAGUGCUGGGACUUUUCUUGCGUCCCUCCGUGCUCUCACUGACUUGUCAGCCCCCUCCUUACCUUCGUCCCUCCUUCGCCGCUGGCAGGUGCAGGAGGCCGGCAGUUCCCGGCACUUCAGAUUCUGAAGGUGUUCAAGCUCUGAAUUCUUACAAGCUCUUCAUAUACAGAGAUGUCUGGCUCGUAUGAUGAUUCUGUUGGAGUAGAAGUUUCUAGUGAUAGCUUCUGGGAGGUUGGGAAUUACAAGCGGACAGUCAAACGAAUUGAUGAUGGCCACAGACUUUGUAACGAUCUUAUGAACUGUAUUCAUGAACGGGCACGGAUAGAGAAGGUCUAUGCUCAGCAGCUUACAGAAUGGGCAAAAAGGUGGAAACAGCUUGUGGAAAAAGGCCCACAGUAUGGAACAGUAGAAAGGGCUUGGUGUGCUUUUAUGUCAGAAGCUGAAAAAGUGAGUGAACUACAUCUAGAAGUAAAAGGUUCACUGAUGAAUGAAGACUUUGAAAAAAUCAAGAACUGGCAGAAGGAAGCCUUUCAUAAGCAAAUGAUGGGAGGAUUUAAGGAAACCAAAGAAGCAGAAGAUGGAUUUAGGAAAGCUCAGAAACCUUGGGCAAAAAAGCUGAAAGAGGUGGAAGCUGCAAAAAAAGCAUACCACGCUGCUUGCAAAGAGGAGAAACUGGCUAUAUCCAGAGAGACAAACAGCAAAGCUGAUCCAGCACUAAACCCUGAACAGCUUAAGAAAUUACAAGACAAAGUGGAGAGAAGCAAACAAGAUGUGCUAAAGACAAAAGAAAAAUAUGAAAAGUCCCUGAAAGAAUUAGAUAAUGCUACUCCUCAGUAUAUGGAAAACAUGGAGCAGGUAUUUGAACAGUGCCAGCAGUUUGAGGAGAAGCGCUUACGUUUCUUCCGAGAAGUGCUCCUGGAAGUCCAGAAACACCUUGACUUGUCUAAUGCUGCAAGUUAUAAAAAUAUCUACCGUGAGCUGGAACAGAACAUCAAAACAGCAGAUGCUGUUGAAGACUUGCGGUGGUUUAGAGCUAAUCAGGGCCCAGGGAUGUCAAUGAAUUGGCCUCAGUUUGAGGAGUGGUCUGCAGAUCUGAAUCGCACUCUGAGUAGAAGAGAAAAGAAGAAGGCUUCUGAUGGAGUGACUCUGACUGGUAUUAAUCAGACAGGAGAUCAAGGGUCACAGCCUAACAAACAUAGCAGCAGUCUUAGUGUCCAGAGUAACACAGUACAGUCAGUACAAUCAAGUUACAAUCCCUUUGAAGAUGAAGAUGAUACUGGGAGUACUGUCAGUGAAAAGGAGGACAAUAAGAUCAAAAACGUUAGCAGCUAUGAAAAAAACCAAAGCUACCCUACAGAUUGGUCUGAUGAGGAGUCCAACAAUCCAUUUUCUUCCACUGAUGCAAAUGGAGACACCAAUCCAUUUGAUGAAGAUACCUCUCCUGCUAUGGAAGUGAGAGUACGUGCACUCUACGACUAUGAGGGCCAAGAGCAAGAUGAGCUCAGCUUUAAAGCUGGGGAUGAGUUAACUAAAAUGGAGAAUGAAGAUGAGCAGGGUUGGUGCAAAGGACGUCUGGACAACGGCCAAGUUGGUUUAUACCCAGCAAAUUACGUAGAACCAAUCCAGUGACACAGGAGAGAGAUAAUACACAAGUGUUGCAAAAGCUCUGUAGGCCUGUACAGUAUCUAUUUAAAGCCAGAAAGAUGAAUGAUGUAUAGAAUGUACAUAUUUUAAUGAAAAGGCGAGAGCUUGAUACUGAAAUGACGCUGAUUUUAAGACAAAAAGUUGGAACUAACAAUGUGUCAUCCUUUUCACAGCUUGUGCACAAUGCCAAGGAAAGGGGCUAGGUUGAAAAAAAGAACUAGUAUCAUAGGAAAAAGUACUUCUUAAGCUCUUUCUUCCCACGUGGUCUGUUCUUGUGAGUCCUGAACAGUUUAGCCUUUUCUAUGCUUGUGCUUCAUCCUACCCUAAGUAUGUGGCUUACGCACUCUUGCUUAAUCAAUUAUUUUAAGUGACCUUCAGUAAUAUGCAAUUUGCAUUUUAAAGAUUACUAUAGUUAAUUUUCUACUUGUUCUUAGUGGUGUCUCAAAGAUGCAGUAUUUUUUUAUUUAAAUGCUAUGUAGCUAAGCACCUUUUUUUGUAUGCUUGGAUUUAUCAAUUAAUACUUAAAUUAUGAGAUAGAUUUAACAACCAGAUGACUGAAUGAAAACUCUUUCUAUGUUCUAAUAGUCUUUACCAUGUUGCCAGCAUGGCUUGAAGUUGUAAAACAAAUACUGUAUUUAAUAAAUAUCUGUUACAGAAGGUUAUUUGUAGCAGAGAUACUGGUAGGUGUCAUGGGUUGGGAUUCUAUUGUGAAUGCUGUUUAUGUGGUGUGACACUUAAACUGAAAGAUUUUCUGUGUCUUAAAUGGCAUUUGAAAGAUAAAUUAUGCAUAAGCCCCAGAACAGUAACUCUUUCCAGCACAUGUUUGCAGGGUGGGAGGGGGGAAAUCACCUUUAAACUGCUAAUGAUUUUGGGGUGAUUUGAAAUGUUAAAUCUGUGAAGACUUAAUUUUUUGAAGAGAGAAGACUGUAAAAUAGAUUAAAUGCUUUUUAUUAAGAGCCUAUCUAUGUUGUGUAUAUGUACAUAUAAUUUGAUAUUACAAAAUACAAAGAGCAUGGCUGUUAGUUAUCAAGCCUUUUGAUGUUGAUAAGAUUUUAGACUGGUUUAAGAGUAUAAAUUAAUAGGUAUAUUUAAAUCUGCUUUCCUGCCACAUUCAUUACUGUGCCAUAGACAGAAGUAUUCUGUGAUUUAGAUUCUUUCCAGAAGUACAGUAAGUACAUUAACCUACUCAAAAUCAGUAUUUGUGGAUAAAUUUGUGGGUCACAAUAUAUUAGCUUUAUUCCUUGCAGGGAUUAUUGUAGCAGAUCACUGUAAAAAAAAUUACAUUUGUUUGCAGUUGGUCAUCUGUAAUCGUGUCCAGUAGAGUAUGCAUUUGAGACCUGCAAACCUGGGUUGUAAAACUGCAACAGCUUUAUGUUUUAAGGAACUCUAAGUUUCAGCUAAGUAGAUCUGUUAUGUUAGAAAGUUACACUGUAAGGAAGCUAACAAAUCUAUUAUGAGGUAACUAUAGAACACUGUUAAUGGUCUUGAACUUCUCUUGUUUGCUUUUUGAACUUCUAGUCAUCACUUUCAACGAGUCACAAUGUGCAAGCUCAGAAUGUGUGUGUCUGUCAAGGACAACUUGCCAAUGUAAUUGUUCAUCCACAAGAUGGUUACAGAAAUUGUCAGGAAUUACUGCUUUGGUUCUCUCUGUUAUUGUAAAAUAUUUUAGGAAACAAUAAAAUCUGUUACUCUCUUGAAUACACAGAA